UUUUUGGAGAGAAACAUUACUUAAUUAUAUGCUCGAAAUAAUUUUUAUAUUUCAUUCUUAUAUUUAAGAAAUAUUGAUAUCUGCACCCAUACAUUUAUUUUUUUACAACUUUAUUUUACAUAGUAGAUGAGACUCGUAAUAGAUAACAUCAUCUCUUAUAUAUAUAAUUCCUUCAUUCACUCCAUUCCAUAAGAGUUAUUCAAAGAUAGAGAAUUUUCCAACCUUGUUUCAAUAUGGCUAACAUUAUAUACAACAAACUACAAUGUUUCAUAGUUUUGUUUCUCGCUUUUUACUACGUGUUAAGCGAUAGAUUUGCUAAUGGAAGAGCCAUUGGGACUAUGAAAACUAAAGAGUUCCUUAAACACAAAGGAACAAUCAAAUCCAUUCAGGGGGAAGAUGGUGACAUAAUUGACUGUGUUGACAUUUAUCAACAACCUGCUUUUAGUCACCCACUUCUCAAAAAUCACACCAUACAGAUGAAACCCAGUUCAAUUCCCGGUGGUGUAAAAGUGAAUUCCAUUCUAGAAAAAUUGUUUCAAGGUUGGCAUAAAAGUGGACAAUGCCCUGAGGCAACAAUCCCCAUUAGACGAUCACAAGAAGAUGAACACCCCCGUCCCCGAGCUAUUCGUUUUAAACCAAGUACAACACAGCUUAAUCAUAGUUUUGCUGCUUAUCACAAAAAUCAUGAGUAUGCCACAGUUUAUAUAAAUGGUGACAACUUUUAUGGAGCACGUUCAUCAAUAAACAUAUGGAAACCUACUGUGUCUGAUAAUGGAGAAAUCAGUAUUGCUCAAAUAUGGGUUGUAGCUGGUCCCGAUGAACAAUUAAACACCAUGGAAGCUGGAUGGAAUGUUUAUUCAGAUGACCAAAAGACAAGAUUCUUCAUAUAUUGGACUAGCGAUGGCUACCAUGAAACCGGUUGCUACAAUCUUGAAUGUUCUGGUUUUGUUCAAACAAACAACGAAUUUGCCAUGGGAUCUCCGAUAGAAGCUGUUUCUAGCUACGACUCGAAUCAAUACGACAUAGGGAUAACCAUAUACAAGAACAACGAAAAUUGGUGGCUCCAAGUAGAAGAUCAGUUGAUUGGAUACUGGCCUCAAUCCAUCUUCACAUAUUUAGCAAGUAGUGCUACAACACUUGAUUGGGGUGGAGAGAUUUACAACUCAAAACCUGGGGGCAGUCACACAAAAACUCAAAUGGGAAGUGGCCAUUUUCCAGAUGAAGGCUAUGGAAAAGCAAGUUAUUUUCGAAAUAUUCAAUACAUGGAUUCCACAGGCAAUUUCAGAGACGCUGAGGAAAUGGGGCUGAUUCUAUAUGUAACGAACCCAUCCUGCUAUAAUAUAGAUGUCCAAAAUGACAAGAAUUACUUUGGCAAUGGAACCCACGUCUAUUUUGGGGGUCCUGGCUAUUCUGAAGAUAAAUGUCCAUAAUAGCACGUGAGAAAAAAAUAUCAAAGUAGUAUCAAAAUAAUAAUUCACAUAUGUAGAGAUCAGAAUGUUGCUUUUUGGGAUACUUUCCUAAUUGUAGUUCCAAAAACAUUUUCUUCCUUUACACAAAGUUCAAGACUGAACUUUUGACCAUUAAA